CAUGUCAAUUUCAUUUAUGAGUUUUAGCAUUAAAACAACCGAAGCUCAUUCGAAGCCCACCAAAAAGCAUUCGGUUGCUGUUCCACGGAGCCCACAAACAGAGACAGCAGCAACGAUCGAGGAGGGCGCUGCUGCAGUUGGACAAGUCUGCUCAUUUGGAGGUUGAAAAUCGACAUCGCGAGACGUUGUAUAGUUGGAAUAUUCGUUUCGACGGCGGCGACGCGUCGCUCGUUGCAGUGGCGCAUUCAUUUUUUUGUUUUUUUCGGUUUGAUUGAUUGCGAUUAUGAACGAGACCUUCAAGCUGUCCGGAAUCGGAAUGCAGCGUACAAAUAUCGAUCUCGAGCGUCAGAGGCACCUGGCCAACUGGUUGGUUAAGAGUAGUCCGCACAUGGCGGCCGCUGCAGCAGUUGCAGCAGGAGGAACCUCUACCUCAACCACUACAAAAACAACUCAACCAACACCCACUGCAUCAUCAUCUACAGCAGCAGUAGCAGCAGCAGCAGCAACAACAACAAAUCCUGGCUCAACAGUAGUGGGAGGAGGAGCGGGAGCUGGCACAGUGGGCGGCCACGGGCCCGCAACAGGCGCACCCAGCAACAGCGUCGCAGCUGCAGCAUGUAACGGUGGAGCAGCGAUUGGCGCCCAUCACGGCCACCAUUUGGCGGCCGGGGCUCGAAAGCCCAAGCUGCGGCGGUUCAACUCCCACGACAAUAGCUUCAAUAUGUUCUCGGUGGCGGAUUUCGAGAAUGCCCGCUUGGCCCGUCGCAAUGAGAUCGAGUUGAGCCAGCGAUUGGCGCGACGCCAUCAACAACGCACCUACGGCUUGUUGGCGUCCGGAUUCUGUGGCGGGCUCAAUGGCAGCGGCGAUUACUCCACAGGGGACAGCAAGGCCUCAAAGGGCAGCAGCGAGUCGCAGCAGGAAGCUUUGCCCGCCGAUGUGUUUCUUGAGCGGAAUUCCCUGCCUCGUGUCGUUCGCAUAUUGCAUACGGGCAAGAACUCCAACGAAACUCUACAGUCCAGCUCAUCGCAUGGCUCCUCCACGGCGGCAUCGAGCAGCUCCUCGACGGGAGUGAAUCCGGUGGGCGGUGGUGGUAACAUUUCCAAUGGCAACAUUGACACCGGCACCGGCACCCAUUCAUCGUCCAGCGGAGGAAGCGGCACCGGAAACGGAACUGGAUCUGGUCCUGGCCCUGGCUCUGGUUCUGGUUCUGGUCACCAAAUCAACAACAGUCGCCACAGCAGCAACGGUGGCACUCCUCCCGGCCACGAUGAGCUUUUUCUACUCUACAGGCUGGUGCGGCAGCGCAACAUCUACCACGGACACAAUGCCAAGACUCAGGCUUCGCAGCGCAAAAAGACUGUGCUCAUUCCACAGGAGUUUCCGGGUUACUUUUCGCUUCUGAGCGAAAAGGGUCUCCCCACAGCCACGCAGUACGGAUCCCUGAUACAGCUAGUUCGGGAACGGGUCUACAAGUUUGUCUCGGUGGACAACAUGCCGGCCUUUACUGAAUCGUCGCCCAACAGUACGAGUAGUCCAACGCACGAGGGUUGUCUGCCUAUAAUUAAGGGACGACCACAGUAUGUUAAAACAACAGCAAGGGGCGGACAGGUAUUCCGUCUUUUGGCGGUCUUCGAGGAUGGCAAGCAGGAGCAGUCCAAUAUGUCGCAGCAUGGAAACGGAAAUGUGUCCAAGUCUCAUGGAAGUGGUUACAUGGGACGCGAGAAGGAAAAGAAUCGGUAUGCCCAAUUGCUUAAUGAAAACCGACAGGUGAUGUACGUCCCACUGUCCACCAAGGGCAAAUUCUACGAGAUUGAGCCGGGAAUUCCACAGAUACUUCAAAAACUGGGCGAUGCACAGCGUAAGCUGAACCCGGAGUGUGUGCAUCGUCUGGGUGCCUUGAUUACAGCGGCCAAGCAAUUGCCGGUGACCCUGCGCUAUAUCUCGGGUCCUGGUAGUCCGGACAUCCCAGAGCAGCUGUGCAUUAGUCAGGUUAGCAAGGAGGAUGUGGUCGUGGGCUGUUCCAUUGAGGACGUGGACACCCAGACGCCCCUGCAGCUGAGAAAAUUCUACCCCAGUCGGGAUAUGCAGCUGGUAAAGAGUUAUCUGGGAUUUGACUCUGAGCAGCGGAUGCUUGCCAACACAAAUGUGCAGAAUAUGCUUAAGUUUUGUCAAUUCAACUGCGAUCCGUUCUUAAAAUUGGUCGAGAUUGAAUUGAUUCAGCGAUCAGAACGUUCGGGAAGCAAGAACCGGGAGGGUCUACGAAUUCUGAAACCAUUGCAUUUUCCAAAGAUCCUGAGACGCGAGAAAAGUACCAUGGCAGCAGCACACGAGAAAGAGGAUUCCAUUAUCUUCCUCAGCAAAUCUGAUUUGGAGAAUCUGGAGGCCAAGGAGGCGGCGGCGAAUGCAGCAGCUCAGUCUGAAUCCAGUUUGAAUCGCAUCUCAGAGCGCAUGAGGGUAUUCCAAUCAACCAAGAAGAAGUGGUUCGGCAAACAUCACCCCCAACAGCAGCUGCCACAGGUGGAGAAACAGCAAUCUGAAUUGGAUCUCGAUGAGCAGGCAAAGCGAAUGAGCAUGGAGCGCUAUACGGAUAUGUCUAAGCUUCUGCAGGAGCGUUUCGGCUCGGAUCCGGAGCAACCAGAGCAAGAUGGCAUCUCCUUAAACAGCACUGCAGCCUCCGACACCGAGACCACAAUGUUAACAACCAUGGAGCCCAAGUCAUUGGACACGAUGUUGCAGAAAUCCAUGUCCCUGCAGGAUAUUGAACUCUUAAAUGGCCAGUGCAAGCCGCGUCCUGAUCUACUGGCCAGUCACAAUCACAACGAUGCCAUCAGCGAGGCUGGUACUGAGCUGGAGGAUGUGGAGAACCAGACACCACCGCCACAGUCUUUCAUCACGGAGAAACUUUACAACGAGUUCCAUGUCAAGACUAGGCAAUACAGCAAGUCAUCGUCAAGUUUGCAUCAGUUGCGACAUUUUUCGUUGCCGCAAAAGCUGCAACUCCACGAGGCGGAGAAAGAGAAGCGUAAUCUGAUGCUGCUAAAGGCUCAGCAACAGUCGAUGGGCAAGGAACCGAUCACUGGCAGAAGGGCUGCUGGUGGAGUUUGUCUAUUGGGUGGUGGACUUAACCAUCUGCCGAUUUCACCAGCAUCUCUGGUGGAAGAUGAUUUGCCCUACUCGAGUGUCCGUGAUUCGCUGGUGAUUUCCGGCGAGGGCUGCCUGCGAUCGGAGUCCGCCAAUAGACCAGUUUCGGCCGUGGACUACACAAAGGAGAACAUAUACGCGGAGAUAUGUCCUUCGCACACCGUUGACACAUUUUCGGGUGCCACACAGAUGACCCAUGUGGCAGACGAUGAUGGAGAUUACGCGUCGCUCAAGUAUUCGGUCAAUGGACCACAGUCCGUCAGUCGCAUCGAAGUGAAUGGAGCGACUACAGGGGCAAAGAACAGUGCUAUCAGCUACCACACCGUGUACCUGGGCGAGGAACCGCUGGGAGAGAGACAUGCUGCCCACAUCACCACCGUGGAGUUGGCCGGGGAGGAUAACAUUUACAAUACGCUCAAAUGAUGACUCAUGUGAUUCCGGCGACGUUAGUUUGCCGGCGCCAAGGGCCUGUUUUAAAGAUGCUUAUGGACAAAGGGCAAGCAAAGGGAAAUGCCUGUCACUCUUGUACUCGAAAGAAACUGAUUAUUUCUCCAAUGAUAACGAUUUUUCUAAUUAAUCUCUUAAUCAUUAACCAGAUUGUUUCUGUUGCUCGAAAUGAAUCAAAAAUGCACUUAGCAUCAUUUUUCUUUCAAAAACAAGUUAGUUUCAUUUUUUAAAUAAGAACAAAAUUUUGAUUUCUCAGUAAAAUACUUCGUAGAAUACACAAUUUUGAUAAAAUGACUAAUGACCAAUGAAAAGAUCAAAUGUCUCGAUAAUUUUAUAAAUAUAUUUCGAACCUAAGCAGAUUGAAGCUAAGGCCGUAAAGAAUCUUUCGAGUACAAGACAAGGGUUUGAACAUUUUUAAAUCAGAGAAUAUUUGAAUAAAACUAUCCCGCUG